UCUGUCAGUCAGAAUGAAAGCAGUCGCGGUGGGCAGGACCCGUUGACACUUGCUGCCGUCGGAGGUGGAUAUUUAACUUGGGACUUCGCUAAGCCCGCGGCAGACACACACACUUGGUGUGCCUAUAAGCGAAGCGCACGCUAGAGAACUUGAGGUCCUCCAGCGACUACCGGAGUGGAGCUACCGUUUCAAGCCACGCGCUCCCACGGGAAUCUCCGCUGACAGCGCGUGAGUGAGGGUCUCAGAGAUUCCUUUGGAGACAUCGAAAAGUAUUCGGUGUCACUACACGGGAAAGACGGGAAACAAUUGGUCUUCACUAGCCUGUUUGAACUGUCCUUAAACUAUCACGAAAUGCAACUGGUUGCGCUUCGAGAAUAUUUUGUGCAAAAAAGUUUGUAGGCUAGUGGAACAACUUUCCGCGGUCGGACCCAGGUAGAACUGGUUAUCGCAUUCUGUGCUGAGACGGAAUACAUUCAUCACCAUUGAGUAGGUUCUUGCCACAGGCUUUCAGUGAAUGCAAAAGGGACGCUCUCGGUAUUGGUGAAACGUGGACAACGGCGGCUGAAAAAAGCACAAGAAAACCAAUCAAGUGUGGAAUAUUGCACUGGUGCUAAGGCAAGUUGGACUAUUUUAACCCAUGGAUCGCGCCCUGGCGUCGGGUCGCUGUGGAGCCUGAACACCCUGGCCACUGUGACAGAGAGAGGCGUUCAUAAAAGCACAGCGUAAAAAUAACAUUGGCUGGGACUGCCCUCAUUCCCGGGCCGGUGACAUUUCAAACGUGCUCAGAUCCUCUUUUGUGGGGCUCUUUCUCACGGUAACGGAAACGGUGGGCGAGGGCCUCUCCUCUUUUUCUGUACUCUUUCUUCGGUUGUAUAGUUGCCCUUCAUUCCAUGCAGCACAAGCCCCAAACCUCCGUCAGAAAGUCUAGACAGUCUGCCGAGGCUGCUUCGAGUCUCCAGAGUAACCAUGGCAACCCCCAGAAAUCCGAAGUGAUUUUUUUCUACUCACUCUUUCUCGCCCUCUUUUUUAUUGGAGAAACUAAAGGAGAGAGGGGGUGGUGACGCCAUUUUUAAUGUGCUGCAGUUUUGCUAUGUUGUUUUUAAUUAUUUGACUUCACAUAGAAUACGCGUCCGAGAAUUGCAUCAUUUUGAGUUUGGCGCGAGGUCCCAUCCGGAGGAUCCCUAAAAAGAACGCACUCCUGCUCCAGUGUGUCAUUCAAACCGCCACGCGGUCUAUUAAAAGUAUCGUCUUGCCCGUGCUCCUGGCUUCGACUAUUUAUGCCGUUCCCGGGCGCCACAGUUCAAAGAUCCCAGUAGCGCACUAACGAGAGGCGACAUUAAAACACUUUCACCCGAAGCCUACUGGACUAAGGGACACACAAGUUCACCUCCACACAUAGGCUACUCUAACACAGAAAAACAGACAGCCAGACAUGGGCUGCUCCCUCCAGAUGCUGCUGCCGCUGCUGCUGCUGACACUACUGUCUGCUCACCUGGGCUCUUGCCAGCAUUACCUGCCGCAUUAUCGACUCAGGCCAUCCCCAAGCGACCAUCUCCCAGUACCAGGCCUGCAUGAGGACCCAGACCCAGAGUACGACCCGCGCGAACAGGACUUGGUGGAAAGGACACUGCGGAAAAAGCUUGGAAGCAACUUUGACCCUAACUUCAUGUCCAUCAGCGCGCCAGCGCAGCUCAACCUCUCACACACGCAGCUCGAGCUGCGUGUACACGGCCCGAUGCCAAACGAAAUAAAAAAGCUGGACCUGUCUGAGACGCCAUAUGGCAAACGGGUCAAAGUGGGCAAGAAGGCCCGACGGAAGUUCUUGCAGUGGUUGUGGACGUACACGCACUGUCCAGUGGUGUACGCAUGGAAAGACCUGGGCGUGCGCUUCUGGCCGCGCUACAUCAAAGAAGCGAACUGCUUCAGCGAGCGCUCGUGCUCGUUCCCAGAGGGCAUGUUCUGCAAACCGGUGAAAUCCAUCACCAAGACCUUCCUCCGAUGGUACUGCCAAGGGUUCCUGCGGCAAAAAUACUGCACGUGGAUACCGGUGCAAUACCCGAUCAUCUCCGAGUGCAAGUGCCAAUGCUGAAUGAGCGAGGAGCUAUGUGUGUGUGUGUGUGUGUGUAUGUGUGUGUCUGCGUGAGUGUGUAUGCGUGUGAGUGUGUGUUUGGGAGGGGGGAUACAGAAAGUGGGAAACACAUAAAGCAGAGGGAACGUGAAUGUGUGGGCCUGUGUGUCGUGUGUGGUCGUGUGGGUGUCCCGGCGGACGCAUGUACGUGGACUGGAAAUAAAAAAGAAAUAAGCCGUUUUUUAUUGCACUGUUUAAACUGUCACUGAUGUGGGCACCAUAGCGAAUCUAUUUUUUUAUAUAGCAUUUUAAUUGAAAUACCAACAUUGUAUAUAUUUAAGAGAAGCGAAAGCAGCUAUUUUUGUGUAUUGAACAGGACCAUGUUUGAAUUGAGCCCUGGCGGGGGAGUCGGCACUUCACACAGAAGACCUUUUAGGUGUUUUUUUUUUUUUUAUCCGAAGAUGGAAUGCAUACACUUCUCCAAGAAGUUCACUUUUUUCAACUGAACAGUAAUGCUGACUGUUGUUUCACUGCAAUGCUGCCUAGAGUUUUUUCUAUGUAUAUUAUUAAUAUCAGUAAUAAUAAUAAUUAAAUGAAAAGUUGAGGAUAAAAUUAUAUAUAAAGGCGUGAACUCAGCUUUUGGAAUACCUAUAGUAUUGUAGAAAGGUUCCACAGAACUCUUAUUUAUUAUUUUAACGGUUGUGAUUAUAGCGGCUGUAAAGGGAUGGUUUAGCAGAAUAUACCGGAUAAAUAUGGAAGAUGAUGUUUACUUGAAUAUUUCUAAAAUAAAAAAAUAAA